AUGCAUAGAACCUACUCUCUGAGAAACUCCAGGGCUCCUACUGCUUCCCAGCUACAAAGCCCAGCCCCCCCUCCAUCCUCGACUAAAAACCGGUUUUUUGGUAGAGGUGGUUUGGCCAACUCUCUGCGUAAAAACACCGCGGGCGCUUUUGGACCUGAUUUGUCCCGUAAGCUAUCGCAGCUAGUAAAGAUCGAAAAGAACGUUUUGCGCUCGAUCGAGGUUGCUGCCAAUGAGAGACGUGACGCUGCGCGUCAGUUGUCCGUGUGGGGUUUGGAGAACGACGACGAUGUGUCCGAUAUCACCGAUAAGCUCGGGGUGCUGAUUUACGAAAUGAGUGAGCUGGAUGACCAGUUUAUCGACCGUUACGACCAGUACCGUUUGACUGUGAAGUCUAUCCGUGACAUCGAGGGUUCCGUCCAACCCUCUCGUGACCGUAAAGCUAAAAUUACCGACAAGAUUGCGUACCUGAAGUACAAGGACCCAGCCUCUACCAAGAUUGAAAUCCUCGAGCAAGAACUCGUGCGUGCAGAGGCAGAGUCGCUUGUCGCCGAAGCUCAGUUGUCCAACAUCACCCGUUCAAAACUUCGUGCCGCUUUCAACUACCAAUUCGACUCCAUUGUAGAGCACUCCGAGAAGCUUGCAUUGAUUGCUGGUUACGGUAAGGCUCUAUUGGAACUUUUGGACGAUUCUCCAGUUACUCCUGGCGAGACCCGUCCUGCUUACGACGGCUAUGAAGCAUCCAAGCAAAUCAUCAUUGAUGCUGAGACUGCUUUGAACGACUGGACCUUAGACGCUGCUCAAGUCAAGCCCAGUUUGUCUUUGAGACACGCCGAUUACGACUACGAGGAAGAAGAUGUCGAAGGUGUUGAGCCCAUUGCCGAACAGGAAUGGGUUGACGAGGAACCUGUUCAGGCCACCGUUUAA